AUGCAGAUUGUUUUUCAGAUGUUUCUCCAGAAAACUUCUUCGAUUGGGCGCAUGCAGUGCCGCGCUGCAGCUGCCGCUGGGGCUUUGCGGGCGACGGCCGCAGCAGCGGCAGCGGCUGCAGCAACGUCGACGAGUGCAGCACGGGAGCAGCAGGCUUUGCUGCCUAAUGGCAAGCUUUGCCAGGAUAUCGACGAGUGCAGCAGCAGCAGCAGCAGCAGCAGCAGCAGCAACGGCGGCUGCCAGCACAUCUGCACCAACCUCCUCGGGUCCUUCGCCUGCAGCUGCCUCCCUGGUUUCAAGCUUGCUGCGGACGGGCGCAGCUGCAUCGAGGUGGACGCGUGCGCAGCAGCAGCAGCAGCAGCAGCAGCAGCAGCGCGGGGCCCCUGCCAGCACCAGUGCCACACGGAACUGGGCCUCUACCGCUGCAGCUGCCCCUCCGGGUUCAAAUUGUCUCCGACAGAUUUCGCUUCUUGCUUCGACAGAAAUGAAUGUCUGGAGGGUUUGGGCGACGGCCAGCCGGCCUGCAGCAGCGACGGCUCGCAGCGCUGCAGCAACUUCCCCGGCUCUUACAGCUGCUCCUGCGCGCCUGGCUACGCCCUCAAGGCCAGCAGCAGCAGCAGCAGCAGCAGCAGCAGCAGCAGCAGCAGCGGCGGCGGCGGCGGCGGCGGCGGCGGCGGCAGAGGAGGCGCGGCGGGGCCGCAGCAGCAGCUGCUGCAGCAGCAGCUGCAGCAGCUGCAGCAGCAGCAGCAGAUCCACAACGCGCAGAUGCGCCAGGACCCAACUGCCCCCAAGACACAGAUGCUCCAAAGAAACGGGGUGCAGCAGCAGCAGCAGCAGCAGCAGCAGCAGCAGCACGGAGCCCAGCAGCUGUACCAGUUGCAGCAGCAACAGCUCCUCCAGCAGCAACAGGCCCAGCGCCAGCAGGCGCUUCUGCUGCAGCAGCAGCUGCAGCAGCAGCAACGCCUCCAGCAGCAGCAGAACGCUCCGCAGUCUGCGGCACUCCAGAGAACCCAAGACGCGACAGCUGCUAUGCAGCAGCAACAACUCUUGCUGCAGCAGCAGCAGCUGCUGCAGCAGAGCUUGCGCCAGGCCCCCAACGCAAACCCACAGCAGCUUCAACAGCCAACGCAGCAACUCCUUCAGCAGCAACUGCAGCAGCAGCAACAACAGCCACAGCAUCAUGUACUGCAGCAAAUGCAACCACAGACACAACAGCAACAAACAGCUCAGCAACAGCAGCCACAGCAACAGCUGCUGCAGCAGCAACUGCUGCAGCAGCAGCUCCAGCAGCAGCAGCUCCAGCAGCAGCAGCUCCAGCUCCUGCGACAGCAACAGCUUCUGCAGCAGCAACAACUGCAGCAGAAGCAGCCUCUUCAGCAGCAGCCUGCCCAGCAGCAGCAGCAGCAGCAGCAGCAGCAGCAGCAGCACGUGCACACCCGCGCAGCGCCAUCCUUGCCUCUCAACAAGCCUCUGGCCCCCAUUCUCAAGGACCCGCAGAAUCUCAUAUUGCAGGAGCAGCAGCAGCUCAUAAUGCAGCAGCAGCAGGAGCUGCUGCGGCAGCAGCACCUGAUAGAUGAGAAGCUGACCCGGGAACGCUCGCAGAAGCCCCCGCAGCAGCCGCAGCAGCAGGUGCAGCAGCAGGUGCAGCAGCUGCAGCAGCAGCAGGUGCAGCAGCAGGUGCAGCAGCUGCAGCAGCAGCUGCAGCAGCAGCAAAGGGCUCCCGCGAGGCGGCUCUCUAUAGAAAAGACAAUCGAAAACAUUGUGAAAGUUGCCUCACAAGGGAGCUCGGACUCUGGCAAGAUCUACGGCAGCAGCAGCAGCAGCAGCAGCAGCAGCAGCAGCAGCAGCAGCAGCAAGGGAGAGGUGGAUCCCGAGAAGCUGGCGCAGAUGACGAAGCAAUUCUUCACUGCAGCAGGAACAGCAAGUUCAGCUUUGGGCGCAAUUAAUGUGGUGACGGGGAACGCGCAGCUGCAGCAGCAGCAGCAGCAGCAGCAGCAGCAGCAGCGGAUGAUCGCAGCAAACUCGGCCCUUGCUGCCAAGAUGGGCACUGCUGCUAUGCGCUUCGUGCCCAGCGAGACCUACAGCCCAGAAGCCAAGCAGCUGCUGCUGCUGCAGCGCGAGCUGCUGCAGCAAAUGACGCUCUGCCUGCCCCCACCAGGACCUUAUUUGUGUCAACACCCCAGGUGA